AUGGAGACUGCUACAAUUGCAAGGUGUAGUUAUCGUGCUGUAACUCUGGUCAUUCCAUUGUUUGAACAUACAAAAUAUGCUGAUAUGCGUAAUGAGAUAAGUUCAAGGUUUGAGGAACUGGAAGUAGGGGGUUUUGAGCUGACAUUUUCUAUUCCUGAGCAUCCUAAUAUCAUGUUGGAAUCUGAUAUGGACAUGCACAUGAUGCUCAUGUUUUUAUCCAUGGUGAAGAGUCGUUUUGUUGAUAUAUUGGUAAAGGAUCUUGAGAGUUCGAAGAAGGAGGAUGUUGCUCGUGCAGUGUCCGGUCAAGCAGCAGAUAAUCCUGCAUUCUCGGAUCAUGCAGCUUCUGAUCAUUCGGCGUCUAAUUGUGCUGCUUUUAAUAAUACAGCAUCUGACCUUGCAGUGCCUAAUCAUGAAAUGUCUAAUGAUGCAGCAUCUAACCAUGCAGCCUCUGAUCCUGCACUGCCUAAACAUGCAACAUCUAAUAUACAGUCACCUAUUCCUGCAAUAUCUGAUUUUGCAGCGUCUAAUCAUGUAUCAUCAUCGUCAUGCAUGGUAGAAAGUAAAUUCAUUGACGAAAAUGAAUAUUUGGGGAACUCUGGAGUACAUGAAGGCAAUGCAUAUUUAUCUCAAGGUUGGAAGGAAUAUAUUAAUCAUGUAGGACAGAAGUUUGAGGGUGGUGCAGCUGAAUUUCGUAACAAGUUGUGUAAGUAUGCCUUUGAGAUGGGAUUCCGUAUUCGUUAUUUAAGAAAUUAUAGGACUCACGUUAUUGCUGAAUGUCGGAAGAAGCUAUCAGAUGGAUGUAGUUGGCGUAUACAUGCCUGCAAGUGUCAAGUGAAUGCGUUUUUCUACCUUAGGACUUUAAAUAAUGUUCACACUUGCGAGAGAGUUAUCUUCCCUGAACAGGCAAGUAAGUUGACCACUUCAAUGAUUAUAUCUUCUGUUCUGGUGGAUCAAAUUCGUGAGAAACCAUAUAUUAAACCAACUGAUAUUGUUAAGGAUUUCAAGCAAAAAUAUGGUCUUGAUGUCUCUUAUCGUAAGGCCUGGUUAGCAAAAGAACUGGCUAAGAGAACAGUUCAUGGUGAUGAAUCCCUCUCAUAUCGUCAAUGGUGCAGACCUUUGUUGUUCAUAGAUGUAACAUUCCUGAAAAGCAAGUAUGAUGGGUACUUAAUUAGUGCUACUGGGAAAGAUGGAAAUCAAGGAACUUUCCCCUUUGCUUUUGGUAUCGUGGACUCAGAAAAUGAGGAAAACUGGAGCUGGUUCUUUAACAAUUUAUCUAUAGUUUUGACUGCACACGGUAGGACAAUUACGUUGGUAUCUGGUUGUAACAAAGGUCUGGCAGAAUCUGUUUCAAAGAUAUUUCCAGCAUCGCAUCAUGCUUCUUGCUUGCAGUAUUUGAAACAGAAGCUUUUUUCUAUAUAUUCAUCUAUGUAUGGUAAAUCUUAUGGAAAUCGCAUUGUUGAUCUGUUUUUGAAAUGUGCUAAUGCUCCCAGAGAAGCUGCUUUUGAGUUUAAUAUGAAAAAAUUAAAACAAGAAGGCGGUGCUCUGUUCAUGACUUUUCUAGAAGAUCAUCCUAAGGAAUAUUGGUCAUAUAUCUAUUUUGAGGGCAAUCGAUAUGGUGAAAUGUGUAGUAAACUUUCUGGAUCAUUUAGUUCUUGGGUUUUCGAGCUGUGCACUUUGCCUAUCUGUCAAAUAGUUGAUGGCAUCAUGAUUAAGCUCAUGGAAUUGAUGGCUGAAAAACGUUUUGAAGCAGAGGAAUGGAAAUCUGUUUUGUGUCCUGAGAUUGAGAAAACUUUGAACAACGAUUUGAUGGUCUGUAGGAAUUACAAGGCUUAUCGUUCUAGUCGAUAUGUUUUUGAGGUUCAUGCUGGAUAUUCUAUGAAGGUCGAUUUGGAUAAUCGUUUCUGCUCAUGCCAUGAGUGGCAGAUAAACGGUUUUCCUUGUGCUCAUGCAUUAGUUUCUAUUCAGCAAAAUAACGGGUGCAUCUAUGAUUAUGUUGAAGAUUACUUCAAGACAAGCUACUUCAGAAGUUCAUAUGCUACUCUUAUGUCUCCCAUACUUGACAUUAAUGUGAUGCAUGAGAUCCCAGACGAUGUUGUCAUCAUGCCUCCGCUUGCUAAGAGGCGUUGAGGUAGGCCAAGCAAUAACGUGGUUUAAUCUAUUGCUCAAGUAUCAAAUGUUGGAAAAUCUAGUCAAUGUGGUGUGGUUGG